GAACCACAGGUUACUCAUGGAAACAAAGGGGAGUGCUGAAAAUGUCCAGCUCGAUUAAAAAAGUGAGACAAGGAGAAAAACUGCCCCUGAAAUCCACAGGAAUCCAGAGCAAGGCAUCUCAUGAUCUCAGGAGGCUUCAGUCCCUGCUUGCCAAAACUGGCCCCAGACAUGAGGCGGCAGCGCUGAGUCACAGUAAAGCACGCAGCAGUGGAGCCAGCAGAUCACAAGGUCUGCAUCUUCAAAAAGACACCAACAGACACAGGAGUGAGAGCGACAACAACAGUGAAGCCUCUGAACUGGAAAAAUUCAGCAUAACAUACAGAGACCAAAGAUGCUUCAGUGGCCACCCGCUGCAUAAACUCUUCUCUGACAUCCUUGUGUCUUUGGUCAAGAAUCGACUCUGCAGCGAAUGGAUUGACCAUGCAGCACCUGAGUCAGUUCAUAGGGUUCUCAUCUGCCUACGAUUAUUGAUCAGAGAUCCUCACCAUCAGAGAAUCCUCCAUGAGCUCCAGGGCAUCAAUUUACUCGCCAGGUACAUGGAGUCUGUCGCCGCCACGCACAUGUCUUGUGGUGAACAGGCAUUUUCUGUGCAGAAACUGGUCACAAUGACCUACAUGUUUCAGAAGCUGUCUGCCAUUGAAAAUCAAAGGGCCUGGGUCAUUGAGAGCAGUGCUCACAAGACCCUGGUGAAGCUCCUUUCCACAACAGAUAGCAGCGUGCUGCUGGGAGCCCUGCUGGCACUCACCACUUUGGCUGAGAGCCCACAGUGCAAGGAGGAGAUUGGGAAGCUACCGAUAGUGGAGAACCUACUUGUGAUACUGCAGGAAUAUGACCUGCUGUCAAAGAGGAUAAGUGCUGAGCUGCUGAGGCUCCUGUCCCCAGUGCAGCAGGUCAGGGACCAGGUGAGGGAGCUGGAGGGGCUGCCCGUGCUGCUGAGCCUACUGCAUGGUCAGCACUUGAAGCUGCUGUGGAGCCUAGCCUGGGUCCUGGUCCAGCUCUGUGAGGAUCCCGACACCAGGACAGAGAUCCGGAGCUGGGGAGGAGUGCAGCAGCUGCUUUGGCUGCUCAACAGUGACAGGCAGUAUGUCUGUGAUCGCUCCUCAAUCGAGACGCUCUCCAGCGCCAAUGCAGCCGGUCGCAUCCAGAGAGAGCAUGUCAGAGAGGAGCUCAGCCCACAGGAGGCGGUGGACAACACCACGGCCCUGCAGUCAGCCUGCUGUACAGCUUUGACUGAGCUCAGUCUGGAUGAUACAGCUGCUCACCACAUUGUGCAGGAAAAUGGGGUGUACAUUAUAGCAAAGUUGAUUUUACCACAAAAUUCUGGAGCAAAGGUCACAUCUUUACAGUGCUACGCAUUUCGAACCCUCCGAUUUCUCUUUAGUGUGGAAAGAAACAGGCAUCUGUUCAAGAGACUCUUUCCCACAGACCUCUUUGAGUUGUUUAUUGAUGUUGGCCAUUAUGUACGGGACCUCGCAGCCUAUGAGGGACUGCAAACCAAAGUUUCACUCUACACUGAAGAGGAACUAGACAGUCUGAGGGAGAGCAUUGAGGCUGUGGACCAGAACCGACCUCCCCUUAAAGUCAUCAAUGGUUACUCUGUGCUGGACCAUCUGGGCACUGGUGCAUUUGGAAGCGUCUUCAAGGUUCGAAAGCAGAGUGUCCAGAACCUCCUGGCUCUGAAGGAAGUGAACCUGCACAACCCGGCCUUUGGCAAAGACAAGAGGUCCAGAGACAGUAACGUGGAGAAAAUCAUCUCUGAGCUGACAAUCAUCAAAGAACAGAUGACACACCCAAACAUUGUUAAAUAUUACAAGACAUUUUUGGAAGGAGACAGACUAUAUGUUGUGAUGGAACUGAUUGAGGGAGUACCGCUGGCUGAACAUUUUAAUUCUCUGAAGGAGAAGCAGCAGCACUUCACUGAAGACAGAAUUUGGAAUAUUUUCAUACAGAUGUGCCUGGCACUGAGGUACCUGCACAAAGAGAAGAGAAUAGUCCACCGCGACCUCACCCCAAACAACAUCAUGCUGGGGGAGAAGGACAAAGUCACCAUCACUGACUUCGGCCUGGCUAAGCAGAAGCAGGAGAACAGCAAGCUGACGUCGGUGGUCGGCACCAUCCUUUACUCCUGUCCAGAGGUGGUGAAAAAUGAGCCAUAUGGAGAGAAGGCUGACAUCUGGGCUUUAGGCUGUAUCCUCUACCAGAUGGCAACUUUACAGCCUCCAUUCUACAGCAGUAACAUGCUGUCACUGGCCAGCAAGAUCGUCGAGGCCGCCUAUGAGCCAAUUGGAGAAGGCGCUUUUUCAGAGAGAGUGACGGACAUGAUCAGAUGGUGUCUGAGUCCAGAUGCAGACCAGCGGCCAGACAUUGUGGCCGUCAGCUCCAGGAUCUCCGACCUUAUGAUGAGGCUGAUGGAUGGCCUCUACACUUCCCAGAGUGCACUGGAAAGAAGAGCAGAGAGAGACAGGAAGCGAGCGCAGAAGUACUUUCUGGAGAGGCAUGGAAGCCAGGACGAACUACUGCCUCUCAAACCUGUCGCAGGCAAUUUAGAUUUCGAAAAUAUGAAAAAUAUGCAAAAGCUACAUGCUUCAGCUGUUUAUGUUAAUUGUGAAAAAGCGUUAAUGAAAACUGAAUAUCCAACACCACAUGAGCAAAUAAUCUGUCAAGAUGAUGCCUCAGAUGAUGAUAUUGAUAUCAAAAACGACACCACUGCCUCUGAAGGACAACACUACGGACUGAAGUCCAGUGCCUGUGUUACACCUGACCAAAUCCUAUUUAGUGGGGAUUUUGCCGCAGCAAAGAUGAAACCAAGACCAGUGUCAGCAGGGAUCUGUGUCUCCCAGAAGAAACUUCGACAGAUUGAUGAUCCAAGCCAGAGGCUCCUGGUGCAGCUGCACAAAAUCAUCUACAUCUCUCAACUUCCACCAGCUCCGCACCACAACAUCAAACGACGGGUCAUUGAAAGGUUUAAAAAAUCUCUGUUCCACUAUGGAAGCGAUCCAUACAACCUAAAAGUGGAGCUCAGCAAGCUCCUCCAGGCCUCUCCAGAGCUGAUGGAAUUAGGCUCAGCCAGUUCAGACUGGUGGCCUCUGGUCCAUCACUUCAGAGGAGACCCCCUCACUGCUGAAAGCACAGGUGAUGGGAACCUCAAAGAUGGAGUUACCUAUCAGCAGAUGCAGGGGAUUAUAGAGGAGCUGCUGGAGGAGAACAGCUACUAUGAAUCAACAAACAGCAGGGUUGCAGAGAAAAGAAGUGACCAUCGUCCAUAUUCAUCCUCAUAAGUCACAGAAGCAGCUGUUCAAGUUCAAAAUUCACAGCCUGUGAGCCUUUGACCCAUUACAAGCUUCUCAUAUCAAAGUGAACUGGCCUCCAAACUGAAUGACACAAACACACUCACACAGAAAAACAACUGACUGCUAAACUUUUUAUCUCUGGGGUUCAGCCGCUCUGCUCAUAUGAAACUAUGUUUUGUUUUUUCAGGUUUGUCUGAGUUUAGCGCUUUAAAUUCUCAGGACCAGACUCAGCGGUUUGACUGUUUUAACUCCUCGUCGUGUGUGUUUCAAGUGGCUGCGAGCCAGUUUCCUCAUUCACGCCACUUUCAAAGAGCUGAUAAAAAACCAAACAUUCACAUGAAUUCAGCAUUCAUUUUCAAACAUGUCACAAUACUUGACUGCAGCUUUGGCAGACAUGAAAACCAGGUGUACUCUGAAAUACUGUUAUACUUUUUAAUAGAAUCAAUUAAAUCUAAAAUAUAUUUUCAUGUAUGUAAUCCACUGUACAUUUUCAUUGUCAUUUUGGAGAGCUGAGGGCAGCUGAAAAUAAGCUUUUAUUGUGCACUUUGAUCCAAAAGGGAAUUGUCAGUAUAAUCUGUAUAAAGAAAAACAAACUAUUAUAAAAUGAUAUAUUAAAUAAAGACUUUUUAAUGCA